AUCUAACAUAUACUAACUGACUAGCUAGCUAUAUCUUAUCUAUAUUUUCUAAGGGAGCUAUCAAACCAAACUGAGAUCGAAAGUAGCUACAAUUGGUACAUUUUCGGAAUUACCAUUUCCUGUCAUUUUGAUAGGCAUUUCCUGUUGCGAAAUAGCUAGGUAGCGGUUCGUGGCAGUAAGCUAGCUGACGUUGGCUAAUUGGUAGCCUAGCUAGCUAGAUGAUAAAUUGUAGAAGACUUGGAAAUAAUCAUUCUUUGCUGGACGACAUUGAAUAUGGAAGGAUCGUGUAAUAUUGGCACGUUUUACCGGGGAUAUAUUACAACGGACAUACUUUUUACAGGAUAACCUUAGCUACAUGAAAUGUCAUAACGUUAAGCUAGCCGCGGAGAUGGAGGGACCCACAACCCCCUGAAUAGCUGCACUGAUGGAGAAAUGUCCUCCUCCAAGAUGAGCAAGUCAAAUACUGCACAAGGUUUAGCGGAAUUAUAUUAGCGUCUAUCUUAUCUCUUUAGCUAUAUUAGUCUGUCAAGCAAAUGGGAGACUGGUUAUUCGGAGUUAGCUCAUAAUUGACAGCUAACGUUAGCUGCUGGUGAAUAAAUCACUGCAGUUUUUGGCAUCUGCAAACAACAAGACUGGCUUUGUCAGACAAACCUUAGGCCUUGUCCAGAAAACAAAGUUAAUUUGUGAAACUGACAUCGCUGGAAAUAAGGACAUUUGAGCUUUCUGCAUCGUCAUUUGAGCAUUCUGCGUCGUUUUGAUUGAAGUGAGGAUAAUAUUUCCUCAUCAUCUGACUGAUAGUUAUCAUGAGGAAGUUCUUUGAUUCAUCUCGUCGGGAGUUGGUCAGUUCAGGACCUGGUUCUGGAGGAGGUAGCAGUGGAUCCAGCCAUGUAGGUGGCAAUUUAAUUGGACGUUCAUGUACUAUAGGGCGGCACCAAGUCACUAUUGAAGAAACAGUGGCCGAAGGGGGGUUUGCCAUCGUGUUCCUGGUACGAACCAGCCAAGGACUCCGCUGUGCCCUCAAGAGGAUGUAUGUCAAUAAUGAGCACGACCUGCAGGUGUGCAAGCGAGAGAUCCAGAUCAUGAAGGACCUGGUCGGCCAUAAGAACAUCGUUGGCUAUCUGGACUCUAGUAUCACCACUUGUGGAGGAGGAGAUGUGUGGGAAGUGCUCAUCCUCAUGGACUACUGUAAAGGGGGCCAGGUGGUGAACCUGAUGAACCAGCGUCUGCAGACAGGCUUCACAGAGGCAGAGGUGCUGCAGAUCUUCUGUGACACGUGUGACGCCGUGUCUCGACUGCACCAGGGCAAGACACCCAUCAUUCACAGGGACCUCAAGGUGGAGAACAUCCUGUUACAUGAUAAAGGCCACUAUGUGCUGUGUGACUUUGGCAGUGCUACCAAUAAGUUCCAGAACCCACAGAUUGAAGGAGUGCCAAUAGUCGAUGAUGAAAUAAAAAAGUACACCACUCUGUCAUAUCGUGCCCCUGAGAUGGUAAACCUCUACAAUAGCAAGAUUAUCACUACUAAAGCUGACAUAUGGGCGAUGGGCUGUUUGCUGUAUAAGCUGUGCUACUUCACUCUACCCUUCGGGGAGAGUCAGGUGGCCAUCUGUGAUGCCAGCUUCACCAUUCCUGAUAAUUCCCGCUACUCCUACAACCUGCACUGCCUCAUCCGGUACAUGCUGGAGCCCGACCCUGACAAAAGGCCUGACAUCUACCAGGUGUCCUACUUUGCUUUUAAAUUGGCUCGUCGGGACUGCCCUGUUCAGAAUGUGAAGAACUCUCCAAUUCCUGCUCAACUCCCUGAGCCAAUCAAAGCCAGUGAGGCAGCUGCAGCGAAGAAGAGCCAGAGCCAGACACAGAGUAAGGCUAGGUUGACAGAUCCUGUCCCCACCACUGAGACCUCCAUCACGCCGCGGCAGAGGCCCAAAGCUGGCCAUGCCCAGCCCAGCGCUGGCAUCCUACCCAUUCAACCGGCUGCCCUCACCCCUCGCAAACGGGCCAAUCUCCCUGCCCUUCCUCUAGGAGUCAACUUAAACCUUGCCCAGCAAGCGGCAGCCCUCCAAUCACAGAAGGCACAGACCACAGCUCCGCCUCAGCCAGUGACCGGCCGUUCACAGAACCCUCCUAGUCAGGCCACACUUCAGCUGGGUGGAAAGCCCCAAGCUGGUGCUCAGCAGAAGCAGCUAGGGCAACUGCAGCAGCAGCCAAUCGCGGCAGCAGGAGCAGCAGUCACCGCAGCAGGGGGAGGAGUCCCACCUGUGCAGGCCAAGACUGAGGCCCCGAGCGCCCCACUACAGGCCGUGCCUCCCUCGCUGGCCAGUCCCAUCCCCCAGAAGGCCCAGGUCCCGUCUAGCCCAGCCCCACCCAAAGCCCCAGCACGUCGUAAGCAGGCCGGCCAGAGCCAGGCCCAGCAGCAGCCAACCGUUCAGCCCACUCCAGCCCAACCUCCGGCUGCACAGCAGCCUACAGCUCAGCAGCAACCAGUUCCUCUACAACCAGUUGCCCAGCAACCAGUGGCCCAGCUAGAAGCGGACCAACAGCCACCUGUCCAGGCCCAGUCCAUCCCUGCUAAAACCAGUCAGAACACAGCUGAGACAGAGACGACUUCUCUUCCUGCUCUGGCCAAGACCCCGCCCCACUCUCCAAAGGCUGCAGAGCGCACCCCGAGUGACUUUACCCAGAAUUCGGUCGGUGGGCUACCUAGAAGUGACUCCACCCAGCCACUGCAGGAGGCCACAGCAGAAGAUGGCCUCGACCAGUUAAUAUCUAUUGGUACAAUUCCACCCAAUUCUACCCAGUCCCUUCAGCAGAGUAUUUGUGAACCUGCCCAGGAUGGCAACUUUGCUGCCUUUGCCCCUUCCCCUGCCUCUGCCCCUGGCCCUCCCAUCGGCUCCCUCAGUCAGCCCGCCUGGAACCCUUUUGGUGAUGAUGACUUCUCCAAUCUCAGUGCGGAGCAUCUGAUUAACAAAGACUUGGUUGUCGAACAGGCUGAUGACGUGUCUGCAGAGGUGGAGACGGCCCCCACAGAGGACCUGAUACCUGGCCUGCUGGAGGUCUCCACCCCUUGGGAAACAGCCCCCCAACCUGCUGAAGUAGAGCAAUCUGAAGACCUCCUUGGCCUGGAUACAGGAGAGUCUUUGUUGACUGUUCCUGUCCCGUUCAGCAUCCUAGCACUCUCAGACACUCCAGAGAAGCUUAUUGAGGGACUGAAGUCCCCAGAUACACACCUCCUGCUCCCUGACCUCCUGUCCAUGGCUGAUCCUUUUAGUGGAACUAUGGAGGAGGCUGUCAAUGUAGUGGGUCCAACAGAGGAGUCUCUGGUGAGUCUGGACUUUCUGAUCCCUGGUCUGGAAGCUCCUGUGUCCCAGUCUGAGACAGACUCUGCACUGCUUCCUGACCCCCUGCUUGUGGAAGACACUCUGCUGGGCUGCUCUCUCAUCUCUCCCCCCUCUGGAGCCUACUCUUUCUCCUCUGCUCCCGCUUCCACUGGCACUGGGUCUGUUCUGGAUGAGUUUGACCUGGUAUCUGCGGGUUGCACCCAGCUGCUGGCAGACUCCUCUGAUCUCCUGAUCUCAGGCUUUGAGCCUGCGCCAAGUGCAGAGACGGGCAACGAGGAUGAGUUUGACCCCAUCCCUGUCAUGGGCUCCAAAAACUCCUCUCAAGACCUGCAGAGGGAACCUAGCAGCUGUGAGACACUACCAGGUUCCUCCAGGACCGACAGCUCUGGACCAGCUGUUGAAGAGGAGCACAGACAGAGACCUCCCUUUGCCCACAACAGCAUCAUUCCCCCCUCACUGUAUCCAGAUGAGACAAACUCCCACCUGUUGCCUUCUAAGUCCUCUGACCAGCCAAUCAAGCCCGGCCAGAAACAGUCCCAGUGUCUCUCACCUCCUACACAGCAGCACCCAGUCCCCUCCCCUGAUAUCUUCCUGCAGGCCCCUUUCAGGAUUGCAGGGAAAGAAGGGAGAGAUGUGUUUACCAACUCCCCUUUCCCUCUGGCCCACAAGCCUGCUCUGCCAUCUGAUCCUUUCCUCCAGGCCCCCUUUGGGAAGAGGAAUGAGAUAGCUGGGGCUGCUGUCACUGUCUCCCACCCUCCACAGCCCAACAAACAGCCCCUCUGCCAGGUCCAGCCAAACACCCACCAUCCCCAUAGUCUUUUACAUCCCAGUGUCCAGGGGAAGGCCCUGUUCACACCUGUUGCUGCCCCUAGGCCCAUCAUCCGGCAGGCCCAGCCCAGGUACUCCCGGUGCUCAGAGGUCCCCCUGCCCCAGCAGCCUGUCGCAGCCCACCGCGUGGUCUCCAGUGUGGGGCAGCAGGCUGCUGUGGGCUCGGUGGCUGUGGGCCCCCUGCACUCCUGGACCAUUGGAGGCAGAGCUAUAGUGGAUCCAUUCCUCAGGGCUCCCUUCCACCCCAGAUGCCAACAGGGAAAGCCUUGAUAUCUGGACCCCCCUCCCCUCUCCCCAAAUUCAAAAUCUGUCCCCACACCAAAUGCCAAAGCUGGCCUCCAUCUAGUGCCUACAUGUAAGGAGGGAGGUUAUCAGCGGAAGUCUGUCCCAAGCCAGCCCUGCUCUUUCCCCCUGUGGAGGGCAUAACCCAGUCCCAGCAGCCCUCUUGUAAGUGUGCAAUCUAGAUUACUCUGGCUCCCUCUGUUGAGGAUGUAAUAGGUAGACUGACUGUUUUUCUGUGCAAUUGCAGUAUUAAUCAUGACUUGCUCCAUCUUGCCCAUAUUCAACUUGUUUUUUUACACGCUCGUUCUACCUCAGCUUUCUGAUUCGCCUUCAGAUGAAACACUGGUAGAUUGUGGCACUUCAUUUGCAUUUCAUGAGGAUUUCCAGGACACAUCAAACUGCUAAAACUAUAUUGAAAAUAAAGAUUGUCCAGGAUUGUUUCACUUUAAAAGUACUAAUGGCAAUCUACAUUUUCUGAAUUUGAGAAAUCUCCCAUGUAAAAGGAAAAGAAGAACAAAGGAUAUUGUUUUAUUUGUUAAUGGUUUGUGUUUGUAUACUUACUGUAUAUAAUUUUUUUUACAUUGUUUUCAACACCAUGUUAAUAAUAUACUAAAUGUUGUGUAAA